AUGACUGUUGUCGAGUCGGUCAAGAAUGCCGUGGGUCUCGGAGAGACCACUGCAACCCGCCAGGAAAUGUCCGAGGCCCGCCUCCCUAUGCAAUACAGAGACUCGUGCGCGCACCUUUUGAUCCCGUUGAACCGAUGCCGACAAGCAGAGUAUUACCUUCCCUGGAAGUGCGAGGAUGAGAGACACUCUUACGAGAAGUGCCAGUACGACGAGUUCAAGAAGCGCGUGGCUAAGAUGGACGAGCUUCGGGCUGCCAAGGACGGCGCCCGUAGCAACUGA